AAUAUACCCACAGUAAGUGCUGUAAUGUUAUAAUCCAACGUUCUAAUUUGUCAUCUUGGGCUUUUGGGAAUCACUCAUUGACUUUUUAUUUAUAUAUUUUUUACCAUUUUCUGACAUUUUAUAGCCCAAACAAAAUAAUCGUUAGUUGCAGACCUAGUUGAGGCCGAAUUAAACUGAGACCUUGUUGGCCGGCAUGCUUCAUUCAGAGUGCCAUUCAAAAAGAAAAUAAUACUCAAAGAGCACAUUCCUGCUAGAUAAACUGGAUUAAUGCCAUAUCCAGUGCUCUUUUUCUAAUUUGUCUGUCUGCAAUAAAACCCAGAAAAACAGCAUUUCUGAGGUUUGCUGCCACGGUGAAAUUCAUUCAUAAACAAUCACUCGUUUAUAGGCUUUCAGGCUUAUAUUGUCAGCGUUUAGGUGGCUCUCCCCGUGCUGAGACUGAAGCUUACGAGGAACAAGUGAAUGCAUCAUCAAAGUCACAUAAGAAGCCGUUGGUGCAAACAUGUACCGCCACUGCCCUCUCGCGGUGGAGUAAACUAACUGUCGGUUCUAAUCGAGGACGAUGACGAGCCCCUUGGCAAGUGAGAGAGAGCAGGCAGAGAGCACGCUCAGUACACACGAGAACCUGCUGAAGGCCAUUGGAGUCGUGCGUUGUAAAUUAUGUACAUAAGUUGCUGAUGUUAUUCGGGUACACAUGAAUGGCCAGUCGCGCAACUUGGAGCCGUCAAACCGAGCAGCGGGUCGGGGAAUCUGCAGACCAACGGCAAGCAUCGUCUGAACUGGAACACGUAGACCAACUGACAGUCUCUCGCGCAGACCGAGGCUCGACGACUUCAGUGGGGGAUUUUCAAGCCGACAACACCGCCGCUCCCGCAUAAAAUGUAAAGAGGAAAAAGAAAAACAAACGGAGCCCAAUUUUCCGCUAUUUUUUUCUAAAGCUUUUUGUAAGUGUAUUUUUUUUCUCAAUGGGUGUAAAAUCAUUUUGUAGGCGGAAUGCCCAGUGUACAUCUCGUGUAAUAACGUUUGUAAAAAGCUAACGUUAACGUCAGUUAGGAAUAAAAACAGAAAUUCAGUUAUCAGUCAGUUAGCUAUCUAUCUGGGCUGAGCAGCUCGUUUUUUUAAUGCAUAUAUCGCUGGACCGACGAGCUACGAUGUCAUAUUUGGGGUUUACUUGAAGAUAUUCACACCCGUAACUGAAAAACACUGCAGCUUUCCCCACCGGUCUUGAUAGAACUUCUGGUUUAGUGUGCGUUUGUAAGAGCUGGAGAAGUGUGGUAUACUUUGAUUAGUACUGCACAUAAGUGGGUUUUAAAGAAAAUGGUGAGGAGGAAAGUUAGGACAGAAACUAUUUUCUAAAAGCUGUGGCCUCACCCUCCUGUGCUAUUACAAAGCAUCUACUAAAACGAUACACAGAGGCAGAGAGCGGAGGAAAGGUACUUGAGGAGCAGCCCGACAGACUAGAAGGGGUGAGUGGGUGACCACAGAAAGAGAGAGAGACGGGGACUGACGGAGGAACAAAGGUUUGGAGGAGGAGGGGUGGGAAAGGCCAUUCCCCAUGGCUACUGACCCAGGAGAGCCCACAGGCACCGAGGACUCCUCGGAGAAACCUGAUGGACAGAGGGAGGAGGACACAGAGCGGGAGGGCAGGGCCGACCCACAGAGGGAGAGGACACACAGCACCCCCUCGGACUUCCCCUCCUCCCGGAUUCAGGAGAGGAAAGCGACAGGAGGAGAGGAUGGAGGAAUCCGAAGAGGAGGAGGUGCAGCAGAAGCCAGCCAGGCGGGUGAGGAGAACCCAGUCGGACCAAUUUCAUUCUCCACACCCUCCUUACCAGUAGACACUGGCCAGAAACAACUGAGGAGGGAGAAGCGCUUCUUCAGGAAGAGUGUGGAGAUUUGUGAGGAGGACGAUGAGGUGGAGUUACCCCCAGAGGCGCCCCACAGUGCCCCCCACCUGGAGCUCCGCUCCUCAGACUCAGUCUUCAUCGGCAGUGCCCAGCAGCAAGGGGCUCCUUCAUCCUGUGCAACCCAGGGCCAUGACCCAUCCUGCCCCAGCUCCAGCCAGGAGCCUGGCAAGGAUGCUCCUUCCUCCGCACCCACCCAGAGGGGGAAGGAGAGGGACCAUGAGCAGGAGGAGGAGGCAGAGAUGAAGGCUGUGGCCACCUCUCCUGGAGGCAGGUUCCUCAAAUUUGACAUUGAAUUAGGAAGAGGAGCCUUCAAGACUGUGUAUAAAGGCCUGGACACAGAGACUUGGGUGGAGGUGGCUUGGUGUGAACUUCAGGACCGCAAACUGACCAAGGCAGAGCAGCAACGCUUUAAGGAGGAGGCCGAGAUGCUGAAGGGGCUUCAGCACCCCAACAUUGUCCGAUUCUAUGAUUCAUGGGAGUCUGUGCUCCGCGGCAAGAAAUGCAUCGUACUGGUCACUGAACUCAUGACUUCAGGAACGCUCAAAACUUAUCUGAAACGCUUUAAGGUGAUGAAGCCCAAAGUCCUGAGGAGCUGGUGUAGGCAAAUCCUGAAGGGCCUUCACUUCCUUCACACCAGGACUCCUCCAAUAGUCCACCGGGACCUCAAGUGUGACAACAUCUUCAUAACGGGCCCCACAGGCUCAGUCAAGAUAGGUGACCUGGGACUGGCCACUCUUAUGCGGACCUCCUUUGCCAAAAGUGUCAUAGGAACCCCGGAGUUCAUGGCUCCAGAGAUGUAUGAGGAGCACUACGAUGAAUCUGUGGAUGUCUACGCCUUUGGGAUGUGCAUGCUGGAGAUGGCCACUUCAGAAUACCCCUACUCUGAGUGCCAAAAUGCUGCUCAGAUCUAUCGCAAAGUCACAAGUGGUAUAAAGCCAGCCAGCUUUGAUAAAGUGAAUGACCCAGAGAUCAAAGAGAUCAUCGAAGGCUGCAUUCGUCAGAACAAGAGCCAGAGACUCUCUAUCCGAGACCUCCUCAACCACGCAUUCUUCGGGGAGGACACAGGGGUCCGGGUGGAGCUGGCAGAGGAGGACACAGGCACCCAGGACUGUCUGGCUCUCCGGAUUUGGGUUGAGGAGCCCAAGAAGCUGAAGGGGAAGCACAAAGACAAUGAGGCCAUCGAGUUCAGCUAUGACCUGGAGAACGAUAGCGCUGAGGAAGUAGCUCUAGAGAUGGUGAAGUCCGGAUUCUUCCACGAGAGCGAUGCAAAGGUGGUGGGGAAAUCCAUCCGGGACCGAGUUAAUCUGAUCAAAAAGUCACGGGAGCGUCGACAGCAGCAGCUCCUCCAGCACCAGCAGGGCUUUGAGGAAAGAAGAGACUCUACUCUUACCGCCCACACCUUUCCUCAUCCAUCCUGCCUGUCCUCACUGGGGCCAGGGGCAGCUGGACAGACUGGAGGGGGGGGAGCAGGAGGAGGGCAGGAGUCUGAGGAGCUGCCUGAGGUGGACCAGCAUGUCAGGCAGCAACAUAUUUUCAGUGGAGCAACCCUUGGUCUGCCAGAAGGUGAGAGCAUUGGGUCUGCCAGCUGUGAAUCUUAUGCAAGUGGACAGAGCCAGGCGUACUCUCAGCAAGGGGAAUCAUACACCCACCCUCAGACUACUCUCCCACCUACAGCAUCGAGCUCUGGCACAUUGGCUCAUCCUCAAAUGCUCCCCAUUGGUGAGAGUGGAAGUGUUCCAAAUGUGCCUAUUGGCCAGAGUGUUAGUAUGUCCGGCAUGUCCAUAGGCCAAAGUGGAGGGGGACCUGUUGGUCAGACAUUUCUUCAGCCCAGUACCAUGGUUCCACAGGUAUCACCAAGUGUCCUUCAACAAUAUUUUCAGUCACAAACAUUCUCAUCAGAUACAGUUCAAACCACCACUCCCCAUGGGUCAAUAGCCCCCUCACAGUCAUACAUGCCCCCUGUUUCGCAACAAGCACCCGUUAAUGUUCUCUCUACAUCUAUGUCAGUCAGUGAUCCGGCUGGACUAUCGGUAACCAUUGUGCCCCUCGUUCAGCAGACCCAACCCCCUGCCACUCCCAUGCAGUGCACUGACAUCAUUCCCCAGGCAGCACCCCAGCAAACACAGCCUGUCAUGAUCCCUCAGCAGACUAUUGUCCAACAACAACAGAUAGGCAUGGAUCCACAGACCUCCACCCUUCAGCAGCAGCCGCAACAGCAAAUUGAGGCCCAGGCCACUCUGCUCGAACAACAACAAGCUAGUGCCACUCAGCCACCAACGGAACAGCAUCCACAGAGCCUUUCAGCUACAGCUGUCCAGAAACAUCAGCAUGAGCCUCAGCAGCAGAUCUAUGGACAGCAGCAGCCUGUUCCGCCUGUCCACACAACUCCUGUGCAGCAAGUAUUACCUACACAAACAGGUAUGGAGCAGCGAGCUAUGUCACUACCACAGCCAGGGGAGCACCCUCAGAGUUACAAACAGCAACCAAUAGGAGAUCCUCGUGAGCAGACCAUGAUACAACCACAACAACUGCAACAACAGCUUCAGCAACAGCAAACUAUGUUACAACAGCAACAACAGCAAGCUUUACUGCUUGAGCGACAUCAGACAUAUGUCCAGCAGCAGCUUGAUCAGCAGCAACAAAAAGCGUUGCUUCAACAACAGCAACAACAGGCCCAACUACAAUAUCAUCAACUGGAGCAGCAGCAAGCACUUAUACACAAGCAAUUGUUGGAUCAACAACAGCAGCAAGCUCUUAUUCAGCAGCAAGAGCAGCAGCAGCAACAGCAAGCUCUUGUACAACAACAGCAACCACAACAAGGACUUUUACAUCAGUUAGAGCAGCAACAGUCACACCCUCCGUUACAGCAACAGCAGCAGACCCAGUUAUAUCAGCAAAUUGGACAACACCAAUCUGGAAUACAAAAAGAACCAGAGAAGCAACAGCCAAGUGGACAACAGCAGCAACAAAUUGUAUUGCAGCAGCAACCCCAGCCGACUCAACAGCAGAAGGAACAACAAUUGCAGCAGCAGGCAUUGCUCCUACAAAUUGAACAACAACAACAGCAAGCACUAAUACAACAGCAUCUGCAUCAGCAGGCUAUUUUACAACAGCAGCAGUUACAACAGAAAGCUCAGCUACAGCAGCUGCAACAAGAGCAGCAACAAGUGCAACUCAAGCAGCAGAUAGAGCAGCAGCAGCAAGCGCUGUUUCAACAACAGUUAGAACAGCAGCGUCAGCAGCAAGUCCUGUUACAGCAACAACAAGCGGAGAGAUUACAGCAACAGGCUCUGAUACAACAACAGAUUCAAGGGCAGCAGCAACAAGCAGCCAUCAUUCAACUUCAGAAAAUUGAGCAACAACAGGCUGUCCCUAUUCCACAAAGUAACAGUGAGCAGCAAAUUCAGCAGCAGAUAACUGAUAUACAGCAUGCGUGUAUCCCGCAACUAAACACCGCUCAGUUUACACCUCAUACCACUCUCACACAGCAGCAAGCAGCAUUGAUCCAGCAGCAGCAAGCGUUUGUUGCCCAGUCGCAGCAUCACACCUCUGUAAUGGAACCUCAUAUCCCAGUUGGAGCUCCAGUCGGCACUGAGGUGAUUCAGCACCAAACUCAAAUUGUCUCACAGGCCCAGGUCCCCAUGGCGAUUCAGACUUCGCAGAUCCCUGCCAAGACGUCUGCUGUUGUCCCAGUUCAGGUCCUUACCCAGCAAGGACAAAGUGAGAAUCAGGGCCAGAUUCCAGUCAAAUUAAUAGCCCAGUCCACAGUCCAAGCAGCUAAGGCCCAGCUCGAGGCCCAAGUAACUCCUCCAGCGGCAAUGAUCCAGGGACAGACUCACAUCAUCCAGGCGCAGCAAAUUCCUUUACAGGGUAGUUAUCCAGGACCUGCCACUCCCACACAGAGCCAUGUAACUGCUCAGCCAUUAAUUCAGACUCAGCCUCUGCACCAGGGCCAGGGCCCAACUGUAGACAUUCAGAUGAUGGGACAACAAAGCCAAGCUACUGUCCAGCCUCCAGCUGCAAUUACCUCAAUUCCCAGUCAGAUCCAACGUGAGACUCUUGUUCAGCAAAAUGCUCAAAUGCCAGGGCUCAUGCAGCCCCAGCUCCAGCAACAAACUCAAGGCCAGCUACCUAGUCAGGUGCAUGCUCAUGCUGCUGCUGGCCCUCCGUAUGUCCCUCAGCCUGCCCACCAAGCCAUGCCAUCAGUACAGCAGGAUAUAACUCAUAUUACACAGCAACAGCAGCAGCAGCAGCAGCAGCAGCAAGACUCAGUACUGCAGUUUCAGCAGAUGAUUAUGUCUCCUGGCUCAGCUGGAAGUGUUGGAACUACAACAGAUAUUCGCAGUUCUGUAGCUGAUCCUGCAAACUUUGUCGCCACUCCUCAUCCUGUGCAGCAGGAUGGGCAAGCCUGUGUUCCAGGGCAAACAACACUACAUCCAGUUGUUCAGGCCCAGCAGCAGCCCUUAGGAAGCAGUGCUGACCCUUCAGUCAUUCAGCCCAUCUCCCAGCCUAUAAUACCUCAGUCUACUGGACAAUAUCAGCAACAGCUACAGCAGCUGUCUCAAGCACAGCAACCACUAGCUCCGCCUCCUCCACAGACCCAAUCACAGGCGCAGCCCAUCCCAGCUCCCAUCCAGCAACCACAUCCUCUAAAGCAGGCUUUGAUACCCCUUGACGAUAGUCAGCCGCUACCACAGUGUCCACCUGCUUCACAUCUGGUGAACAACCCUGCUGCACAAAUAGUCCCGAGUAACGUGGCUGAGCCUCAGUCUCAGAACACAACUCUGCCCCUCUAUAGUCAUCUAGUGACAGGCGCACCUCCCUCUCCACAGCAUCAAGCCAAGCAAAUGCUGCCAGCUCACACACACACACAGACCAGCAUUCAGGCCCAAUCACACUCCCAAACACAUGCACAGAUACAGGCUCAUUCUCGCACUCAGACACACACUGACUCACCUGUUGCUGAACAGUCUAUUCUGCCCCAAGCUGUCUGUCCUGCACAACAAAUGCCCCUCAGCCCCUCUCAUACCUCAUGUCUCCCAACAUCUCUACCAUCUCUCCCAUCCCUGCCAUCCCACCAUCCUGCUGCUGCCCCUGUGCCAGAGCUGCCUACACCAGUGGCCCAGAUUACCUUACCAGGACAGGCCGACUUUAUACCUACCUCCCCUCCGCCUGUCACUACUCUACAAUUGCUUGAUUCUAAUGCCCCCAAACUGCCCCAAACCUCGCUGCAAGACUGUGACCUUUCCCUUCUGGGCAUUGCUCAGGAUGGUCCGUACCUGUCAAGUACAGAGCGUCAUACUUCGUCAGGGUCUGUUCCAGCUAACGGAGAAGAAACUCUUCAGCUGUUGGUUAAUGGGAAGCUGGAGAAAUUAAAGACUCAAAGACGAGCUUCCUGUCAGAGGCCUGAGAAAGUUUCACAUCAGUUUCAACUGAGCAUGCUCCAGGUGUCUGGCAGUGGGGACAAUAUGGUGGAAUGCCAGUUGGAGACCCACAGCAACAAGAUGGUGACAUUUAAAUUUGACAUCGAAGGGGAUGCACCAGAGGACAUAGCAGAUUACAUGGUGGAGGAGGACUUUGUCCUUGAUGUAGAGAAAGAGGCAUUUGUUGACCAGCUUAGAGCCAUUGUUAAGAAAGCUCACGAAAUUCUUCAAACACAUUCACAGACUGGAUCAACUGACCAGUUGCAUGUGAGCACUCCCACUAGCUCUUCAAUGGACUCAGUGCCCCAGUCCUCCCCAGUGGGACGCUGGCGUUUCUUUAUCAACCAGACCAUCCGCCAUAGAGACUCUCUAUCCAGCCAGGGAGCAGCCACACCACCACCCACUGCAGAAACAAGGAUACCUCAUUCUUCUAAAACAGAGAAUGAAAGUGAAGGAUCCCAGAGUUUGGAGUCCUUGACUGGAAUGGCCUCUCCCCCCUGCACCACCUUGUCUGCCACCUCCCCUCCAGCCUCCACUCUCUCAGUCCUAACCUCUGUGCCCCCCUCAGCCACCGCUGCCCUGGCUCCUCUUACAGCUGCCUCUGAGAGCAUCUCCGCACCACCCUCCACUCCUGAAGCCUCUGUCCCUGUUACUGCUUCAGGGAGUCUAGAACUGCCAAGCCUCACCUCAGCUUCUGUUGAUCAAAUUCCCACUGCUCCCUCAUCCACAGCAGUACCUGCUACUGCUAACCUCCCCACCAUUUCCACUGCUCCUACUAUUGCGUCUCCAAAACCCACCACCAUUCUGCCUGAUAUCCUCACUUCUCCUGGAAGCAGUGGUUCCUCCACUGUAGGUCAAAGUAUAGUGGAUACAGUGAUAACUGCUCCAAGGUCACUUGUGCCUGCAGCGGACCGUUCUUCAACCUCUUUUCAUUCCCCUCCUCCUGCUACUGCAGUGACCUCUUCUGCUGUAAGCCAACUUGGGAUGGAGCAGCAGCAGACACUCACCCAGGUGGCCACACCAUCCCCAAAACAUCCACAGCCACAGCCACAGCCACAGCCACAGCUACAGCCACCGCCACAGCCUGCAUUACAGCAGCAGGUACCAGCAGUUCAACAGCAACUGCAGGCAAUGCAGCUUGAACAACAGGCACAACAGAUACAGCAGGCAACAUCACAGCAACAACAGCUUUCACAACAUCAAGUGUACCAAGAACAAAUUCAGCUGCAGCAGGAACGAGUCCUGCAACAGUCUCUGCAGCAGUUACAACACCAGCAAUUAAUGCAGAAACAAAUACCACUUCAACAACAGUUGACUGAGAUGCAGGUGCUGCCUCGGCCUGGUCAUACCGAGUUGUUACAACAGUCUGUGCCUCUGCAGCAGUUUCUGCCACCGUUGCCCCUACAGCAAACCCAACAAACCCUUCUUCAGCAGCAAACAUCACAGUAUACCCCACAGUUUCUGCAACAGCCUCAGAUACAGCAGUUGCCACAACAGGUUAUGGCACCCCAAGUUGCAGUAGUGCCCCUACAGCAAGCCCACAUUGAUCACCAGCAGCAGAAACAGUUAAACCUACAACAGACAAUACACUUACAGCAACAGCAAAUGGUACAACAGCAGCUACAGCAGCAGCAGCAGCAGCAGCAGCAACAACAGCAGCAGCAGCAGCAGCAGCAGCUGUUCAUGGAUGCAAUGGCUUUAAAGCCAGAUCAAAGCCAAAUGCUGCCCCUGUCAAUUAGUCAACAGUUUCUUCAACAACAGGCACAGCUAAAUGUUAGCCCUGUACCGCAACAGCAGAUUCCACAACAAGCCCAAAUACCUGCUGAGCUGACACAACAACAUAUACAGCUGCAACAGAUGGAGCAGCAAGAAGAGGUGGUGAAAGCAAUGGACACACCACAGAAACAGCAGCAGUUUCCACUGCAGAAGCAGUCCUCUUUACAGAUGUCUGAGUCCGAGGUGUCCGCAGGAGAGGCGAGCUUCUCAGAGGACCCAUGCAGCUGCUCUGCCCCGUAUCCCCCUUCCUCUGACUCUUCUCUGCCUCCCCUCCACCUGGGCACCACUGACGCCCCCUUACCCGCUCUAUCCCUCACAAUGACCCCAUCUCCUGCCCAGCCCUCCUCCGUGGCUGAGUCAGACAGUGAAGGCCCCCCUAAAAUUGAAUUUGUAGACAACCGCAUAAAGACCCUGGAUGAAAAGCUUAGGAACUUGUUGUAUCAGGAGUACAGCAGCGGGGCGGCGCUGGCUGGGGGAGCUGCCUUGGGCCCUACGUCAGCUGCCUCCACAUCAGCGGGUGGAGAUGAGUCAUCUGAGCCACAGUCGCUUCACCACCUGUCUUUCCCCCCACCUGCCUCCUCCUCAGAUACUUCCCCUCACUCCUCAUCCUCCACUACUUCCUCCACCACCUCCCGUUCCUCCUCCACCUCCCCUGACCCGGAGCGGGAAAGGGGAAGAGAGGAACCUUCAUCAGAAGUGCCCAACUUUGCGGAGGUGCGCCCUGUGGAGCAACAGCCUGGCCCAUCUCUCCCCUCCACCUCUGCCUCGUCCACCCCGCCUAUCUCUCUUCUGCCUCUCAAUCAGGAUGACUCUGCUGGGCUCCAGCGCCCUCCUGUACCAGGAGAACCAACCAUUCUUGCUGUACCCCCACACUCUGACACCAGUACCACUGGAGACGCAUCGUGGCCCCCCAAUCAGCACCCGAUCCCCCUCCGACAUGGACAGCAGAAGCACAAUGCAGGAGAUGGACGUUCCAGCAGCCAGGCACUUAGAGAGGAGAAGGAGGCGCCACCUCUAAAUCCACCUCAGUCACGCAGAGGACGAUUUCAGGUGACUCCAGUGCCACAGUCCUCUCCCCCGAAGGAUGCGCCAUCAGGCCAUAGUAGCACUCACAGGAAAGUGGGACGGUUCUCUGUAACCCAGGCUGAGACUAAGAAACAGGACAGGCAGACUGACAGCUCUCCGGUGUCUCCUGAUUUGGAGAGGGAGAGGAGGAGAUCUCGGGCAAAGGAGGGAGAGAAAGAAGAAAGUAGGAGAACCCCAGCAAUGGCUCACCUGCCUCGAGGUCAUGGGCACAGCCAUUCACCCCUGGGGAGCAGCGAUGAUGAUGAUGAGAGUGAGCUGGAGGAUGAAGACUUGAGAAAGGAACUGCACAAGCUUAGAGAGAAGCACAUCAAAGAGGUGGUGUCCCUUCAGGCCCAGCAGAACAGAGAGCUGCAGGAACUGUACAGACAGCUUCGUUCCCUCAAAGACCAAAGACAGAGUCUGCCUGCCUCCCUGUCCAGAACCCCUCCUCUUCCCACGGCACCUCCUGUCCUCUCUCCCCGCAGGCCCAGGCCAGCCAAAAUCAAGCUCAGGCCCCGGCCUCACUCUCACAUGGAUAACAACGGAGUCACACACUCUGGGAUUCAGCAGGCAAGUAGUUUCUCAGGUGGUGAACAGAGUAGACUGCCCCAAUACUGCAACCCAGACCACCGCCCUAAAAGAGAUCACAGUCCUCCAAGAAAAAGCACAUUCACAGAUGAACUGCACAAACUUGUUGAUAAUUGGACAAAGGAGACAGUGGGUCCUUCCCUGCCCAAACCAUCACUGAAUCAAAUCAAGCAGAUUCAGCAGGUGCAGGAGUUGGGAGGCUGGAGCCAGCCGACUGAAGUGGCUCCACCAGGUUGGUUUCCAGUGGCGCCAAUAAACCCCCAGGCAUCCGCGGCCCCUGCCAGCUUGCCUGUGGCAGCCCCUUCCCAUUACACAGGUGGAGGGAGCCUGUCCACCCUGCACUCUCCGGGACCACAAACACACAUGGCUCAAGUGCAACAGAUGCAGCCAAGUUUACACCUCCAUCAGUCUCUCCCCCUCCAGCAGAUGAGUUAUCAGCAGUCCCCGCUCCGCCAGCAGAUCCCGCAGCCCCGGAUGCAAACUCCCGUACAGUGUCAGUCACUACCACAGACACAACCCAUCCCCCAGCUGCCCCAGUCACCACCCCAAAGCCAACCACUGCUGCCUUCCCAGAUGCCCACAUCUCCGGUGUCCACGGCCGCGUCUCUGCUGCCCAGCAGUUGCACCACAGCGCCCACAGAUAGCACUGCUGUUACUGUGGGGACAUUUUGCUCGUGUUCCUCAUCCUCUUCCACCUCUUCCUCCACUUGCUCUACUGCUGCUAUACCUUCCAGUGCCAAAAUUCACCCAACACCCCCCAACUCUACUCUUCCUCUGGGACAGAAAUGAAACCACAGCGAAGUGUGAGGUCAAUAUGAAGGUGCAAGAGAUGGAAAUACUAUGUAAAUCAGGACGUAAAGCAGUUCCAUUUGGAGUUUUAGUUUUGUGUAUGCAUAUGAGAGUUGUGACUGCAAUGAAUAUAUGGAUCCCAGUGUACUUCUGGAUGAGAUGGGGAGUGAAUGUGAGAGAUGAUUGAUUAUGGUAUGUACAGACAGAGGGUAAUAUGGAACACAGCAGCUGGGGUUUAUGAAUCAUAGUAUGUUUGGGUGUUGAGAUGUAUAAAUUCUUAAAUGUAUGAGUGUGUGUGUUUAUGAGUGUGGGUGAGUGUUUAUGGAUUAUCCGAGUACAUAUCCCUCAUGUCCUUUUACACAAAUUAACGUUCAUGUUUUUGUUUUCAAACCAACUCAGUUGGACCUGAACUCUCCCUAAGCAGAGACAAGGAAAACAAAAUAUUUGACAGUGUGUUGACAUUUUUUGUUUAAUUUGUCAAUGCUUACAGUGAAAGGACUAUCAAUUUUAAAAGUGCAAUUAGUAAUGGUCAUCUAAAUUGAUCAGCAUGUACUGUAUGGAUUUGUCUGUAAGGGAUAAAAUAUUUUUAUAGAAGCACACUGACGAACUCAAGACGCAUCGUGAUAGGAUCUUUUCAUGAUUGUUAUAUGAUAUUUAAAACUAGGCCUACAGCACAAGGCAUUUCAAAUGGGCAAUGAAAAAAUAAUUAAACGGCAUGUUACACAAUAGAGCACCGGAAAAUUAUUUGGCUACCAUCGUUACCACAAUACAACCAAACACACCGUUGCAGUAUUGUGCACGGUACAGCAUGUGCUUCAUUUGUAUUAUUUUAUGUUUAGCAGUUGUAACAUAGAAACAAUCUGAAUUACCAUGAGUGAUAGGAUAUAAAUUCAGAUGAAUUCACAUUAUGAUGGCAAAUGGAAAUAUGCCAUUUAUGUUCUGUGGAUAAUUGGGUAUACUCAGCCCAAGAUUGCAUGACCUUAUGACUAACUUGACUUGCCUGAGUGCAAACUACUUGCACUCGCUGUAUAUUCACGAAUCUCUCAUUUACUAUUUGUAGCCUACUGAGAUAAUUUAUCAGUCAUGAGUAAAUUUGCUGUCGGUAUGAUAUGCUUUCACAUUUGACAUUUUCACUUUCAGUUUGAGCUCCGCAUAUCAAAGGAUAUCACAGUGUCAUGCUGAGGAGUAAGCCGAAAAAGAAAAAAACUGCCAAGUUAUUAUAGACUGGGGAGACCAUGUGGGUUAUUCCCAUAUUGCCUUUUAAAAUUACUGCAUUUUUUUGUGGGUGUGUGAGUGUAUAUUUUUUCUGUGUGACAAAGCUUUGUGAUAGUCCCAUGGUAUACUGCAUUAAAAAUUGCAUCCCUGUUUCUUUCAUUCAAAGCGGCCUCUCAAAUGUCACUGUACCCAACUGAAAAUGUUUACUUUGCCUGUGCUUUGGGCUUGUUUCCUCAAGAAACAAAACAAGAGAAAGGUUAGACCAGAUACCGGUUGUAAGUUUGAUGUUCAACACCGUUGUGAGAUCCUCACUUGCCUAUUUGUCGACUUUGGAGCUGGACAAAUUCCUAAUUUCAAUUGUGAACUAUUUAGUCUUUGACCAUAGGCUGUCAGUGUGAAUGCAUCUGUCAGAAGCUGAACUGACUCAAGUCAAAAAAUGUUCUAAACUCACUUAUUUGUAGAUGCAGAGAGACACUGAGUAAUAUAUCAGCAGCGGAUAUAUUACCGUACAUUUUAUUGGGUUAUCAGUGCACUUAGCCAUGCACACAUUUGACCAUCGAUUCAUUAAUACACAUUUUGACAUAAGAAGUAGCCUGUAGUCAAAGUAUUUCUGUUGUUUUAUUGAUAGAGAGAUCGUGUGCCACUGAAAACAAGAGAUUGUACCGGUUGUUAAGGACUGCUAAAUGUGAGUCAUAGACAUUUAAAACAUGAAUGGUUAAGGAAGAGGAGUUUGUGCUAAAGGGUAUGGUUUAUUCAGAAACUGAAAUUGCAUAAUCUAGAAUAUGACAACAAUUUUCUGUAUUUGUUGCUUUUCAGGACAACACAUUGUCACAGAGAUGUAGUUCUUAAUUAGUGAAUGUGAGAUUCUGUGCUGUUGUGUCUGAUACUAACAUGUUGACUGCAAGCUACAGCUUAAUGAUCAUUGUUCAUGAUGUGGAGCUGGCUUUGUCCUUGAAGUGUUACCAAAAUGUUAUCUAAAAGAUAAAGAUUAUUUUUGUAUUUUGAAAUGGGGUUGUACAAAUUGUAAAAUUGUGUCCUCAUCAUUAUAAAUCAGAGGUUAUUUAAAACUAGAAAACACUGGUUUUCAUCCCUGUUUAUAUGGGACUCCCCUGCCUUGAUAUACGUCUGAGAGUUUUUGACAUCUUAUUGACAUAAGAUGUCAAUAAGUUUUGAAUCAUGACAACCUGGAAGAUAAAUAACAGAAUGACAUAAGCCUUCCCGUUGGACUGCAAGUCAGAUUUAAUACAAUUAAAAAUUAAUGCAACAAAAAUCAGGGGAGUCCCAAAAUGGCAUUAAUGAGAACCAAUUAGAAAAGGACAUUUGGGCAGAGAAACCUCAAAAAGUAAAGUAAGUUGCUGGUGAUUUAGCCUCUGUAAAUUGUAACUAAUUCAACUGUUGAUUUUAUUUAUGUUUUGUAACUAAUCAAAAUAAAUGAUGUUAAACAUCAAAUUAUGA